AUGUUGAAUAUUAAUUACUUUCAACUAUUUGAUAAAUCAUGGAAGAAGUCUAAUUUUCCUCCUUGGAAAUUAAAGAACAAAAGAGGAGAUACACCUUUGCACUUGGCUUUAUAUUCAAAACAUGAAAAGAUUGCAUUGGAGUUUUUGUACAGAGAUUCAACAUUAUGUCAAAUUUGUAACAAAAAGGGUGAAAGCCCCCUCUUUGUUGGUGUUGCUAUAGGUUGUGCUCAAGUUGUAGAAAGAAUUUUGAGAAUUUUGGAGGAGCCUGAGUUUAACAUUCUACGUCGCAAUGACGGACAAACAGUGCUUCAUCUAUUAAAAUUUUGUACAGAGGAAACUGCAAAGCAAUUACUAUCAAGAUUCUGGUGGAUCAUUAACGUUCGUAACAACGAGGGAAAAACUGCCCUUGAUGAAGCCAAUAACAAAAAUGUACCAUGGCUUAUGGAAUUGUUAAGGAACCUAUCAGCGAUCCAAAUAGAACCCUUCAACUGGAUUAAAGCAUGCUUAAGAGGUGAUAAAAUGGCUGUAAUUUCAUUCAUUGAAAACUAUCAAUAUGUUCCGGAAGACUUCCGUGUACAAAAUGACAUUCCUCUGCAUCACAUCAAAUUGCAAAGUUACCAAGAGUACCAAGAAUUCUUGAAGAAUCCAUCCAUCAGAGUUUUUAAAAAUACAAUUGAUUUUCAGGGUGGUACGCCUUUGCACCAAGCACUUAAAAGGAAGCACCUACAACUAGCCAAAACUUUACUCAUGGAUAGUGAGGUUAUGCGACAGGUAAAGGACAAUCAUGGUACAACUGCUAUGGAUAUUCUUGACAACCUUUGCAAGAAAUAUGAUUAUUGGGCACAUAUGUGUAGAUCAAUAAACGUGUUUCCGAACCUGAAAACAAUAUACAUUCACCCAGAGAUGAAUAUCGAUAAAAUGCAACACAUACUAAGUCCGGUUGCAGCAGUAACUCUACUAGCAACAAUCACAUUAGCGGUUGGAUUUACAAUAUCUAUGAGCCUGAAAAGUCAAGACGAGAAUGUCAGUCUAGUAAAGAAAUUUGCAUUUUUAGCAUUCUUGCUAGCAGACAUAUAUGGCAUGUCUACAUCCAUAUUGGUCUUGUUUUGCUUGAUAUGGUCCAUGGUUUCUACUCCUGAUAUGAUGUAUUUUUUGGUCAACCGGAGUUUAUUAUUACUAAUGCAAGCCUUAUAUAGCACGAUGGUGGCAUUUAUGGCUAGUAUCUACAUAGUAGUAUUGGAUGGUAUCUUGUGGGCAGUCAUAACUAUUAUCUUCAUACACAUUUUUAUUGGAAUUUCGGCAAAUAGGAUGGAUUUGCUUGAUACACUUGCCAUCUUUGUUUUUCGCGCCAGAUAA